UGGUAAACUUCCUCUGCAGUUGAACUUGACCCUGGAGCCCUCGCCAACCUCAGAGUCUGACGGCCACUCACCUCUUAUCCCGGACCAGGCACCGUGGAAUUCCAUGCGCUGAGGGUUGUACGUGUUUGCCACGCGGUUUUGAGGCAUCCAGGCAUCGGCCCUACCGAGGGCAGACGUCGACAUCAUGGAUUUGCGCACCACCAUCCAGUCCACUUUGUCCCCCGAUGCCACAGUCCGCUCGCAGGCUGAGGCCGCUCUCAAGUCUGCCGAGCAACAUGCUGGGUUUAUCGGAGCCCUCCUGGACGUGCUCCAGACGGAGCAAGACCCCAACAUCCGCCUUUCGGGCGCCGUGUACCUAAAAAAUCGGAUAUCAAGAGGCUGGCCACCGGACACCACGCUUCAUCAACCAGUGACCGAGCCCGAAAGAAAACCCUUCAGGGACCGUCUUCUCCCCGUUCUGUCGACCUCACCUCCUUUAAUCCGAGCCCAAUUGAUCCCCAUCCUGCAGACUAUUCUGCAGUACGACUUUCCUGCAAAAUGGCCCGAGUUGAUGGACAUUACCCUUCAGCUGCUGAAUACACAAGAUGCCAAUUCAGUGUUUGCGGGCCUGCAGUGUCUACUGGCAGUCUGCCGCACAUACCGCUUUCGCGCAGGCGAAGAAAGGGCCAACUUGGACAAGGUGGUCUCUAUGGCCUUUCCUACAUUGUUAGGCAUUGGCAACAAACUGGUCCAUGAGACGAGCCCAGAAGCGGGCGAGAUGUUGCGGAUAUGCGUCAAAUGCUACAAGCACGCGGUAUAUUAUGGCCUUCCUCAACCGCUCCAAUCGCACCAGGCAACGGUGGAUUGGUGUACCCUGUUCUUGACCAUCAUCUCCAAAGAACCCCCCGAGUAUGCAAUGGCAGAGGACCCCGAAGACCGAGAGCGCAAUCAUUGGUGGAAGGCGCGGAAGUGGUCGUACGCAAAUCUGAACAGGCUCUUUGUCAGAUACGGGAACCCUUCAACCAUCUCGACCAGCCAGGAGAAAGAGUACGGAGAGUUCUCCCGAAACUUCAUCACUAACUUUGCGCCGGAGAUCCUCAAAGGGUAUCUGGGAGAGAUCGAGAAAUGGGUUGGAGGAAACCAUUGGCUCAGCAAGCCUUCCUUGUCGUAUACUCUAAUUUUUCUUGAGGAGUGUGUCAAGCCGAAGGCAAUGUGGGACAAGUUGAAGCCACACAUGGACAGCCUGAUUAAGCAUCUGGUCUUUCCUGUGCUAUGUCUGUCUGAGGAAGACCUGGAGUUGUUCAAUGAUAAUCCUCCAGAUUAUCUGCACCGCAAACUCAACCUUUUCGAGGAAGUGUCUGCUCCAGAUAUGGCCGCGACGAGUUUCUUGAUCGCGUUGACCAAGUCGCGCAAACAGCAGACGUAUGUUAUCCUGUCCUAUGUCAACGAGGUGGUCACGCGCUAUGAAUCUGCGCCUGAUGACCAGAAGAACCCGCGUGAGAAGGAGGGCGCCUUGCGAAUGAUCGGAUCGCUUGCACCGGUCAUUUUGGGCAAGAAAAGCCCCAUUGCCGACCAGGUCGAGUACUUUUUUGUGCGUCAUGUCUUGCCGGAAUUCAGGUCUCCACACGGCUUCCUCCGAGCCAGGGCUUGCGAGACCAUGGAAAAGUUUGAACAGCUGGACUUCAAAGACCAAAACAAUCUUAUGAUCAUCUACCGCAACAUACUCGAGUCAAUGGCCGAUCCUGAAUUGCCGGUCCGAGUAAUGGCUUCGCUGGCUCUGCAGCCGCUUAUUAGGCACGAUGCUGUUCGCCUGGCCAUGCAAGCCAACAUCCCUCAAAUCAUGCACCAGCUGCUCAAGUUGAUGAAUGAGGUCGAUGUCGACGCACUGUCCAACGUGAUGGAAGACUUUGUAGAGGUGUUCGCCGAACAACUGACUCCUUUCGCCGUUGCGUUGAGCGAAAAUCUUCGAGACACCUACCUCCGGAUCAUCAAGGAAAUCUUGGAGCGAAAUGAGGCAAAGGCAGCUGAGAGUGGCGACCCGGGAUACGGAGACUACCUGGAUGACAAGGCCAUAGCAGCCCUCGGUGUCCUGCAAACGAUUGGUACUCUGAUCCUCACACUCGAAGCGACCCCGGAUGUGCUUCUCAUUCUCGAAACAAUUCUCAUGCCUGUGAUCAACAUCACUCUGGAAAACAAGCUGUACGACUUGUACAACGAAGUUUUCGAGAUUAUCGACUCGUGCACCUUUGCGUCCAAGUCCAUCUCCGACACCAUGUGGCAGGCAUUUGAGCUGAUGCACAAGACCUUCAAGGACGGCGCCGAACUCUACCUUGAGGAUAUGCUUCCUGCGCUGGACAACUUCGUCGCCUACGGGCAAAAAAGGCUGAUCGAGCACCCUCCGUAUCUCGCAGCCAUUGCUGGGAUGGUCCGCGACAUCUUCACCGACCCCAAAGUGGGAGGCGUUGACCGCAUCUGCGGAUGUAAGCUCGCCGAAGCCUUAAUGCUAAACCUCCGGGGUGGGCCCAUUGACAGCUACAUCCCCACAUUUGUGACACUUCCGAUGGACGUCUUGACAGGGCCAGGCCAAAAGACUCUUAUGAAGAGUUACAAGCUUCAUCUGGUGGAAAUGGUCAUCAACGCCAUCUACUACAAUCCUAUCCUUGCUCUGCAAGUCCUCGAAUCCCACGGCUGGACAAACAGAUUCUUCUCUAUCUGGUUCGGGAGCAUCGACUCGUUCCGCCGGGUCCACGACAAGAAACUCUGCAUUGCCGCCAUCUCUGCCCUGCUCACGAUUCGUGCCGACCAAGUCCCACAGUCCGUGCAGACUGGCUGGCCGCGCCUGCUGUCGGGAGCGACAUAUCUCUUCCGCACACUCCCUGCGGCGCUGAAGCAACGCGAAGAAGCAGUCAAAGCCUCUGACGGCGUGUCGGACACGCUUUCCGAGUAUGCGUCGGACGAAGAGGCGGAAGACUGGGCGGAUGAGCCCGCUGGCGAAGGCGGCGCCGCCGGUCAGGAAUGGGGCAAUGUCACCGCGACGUCGGUACCCGACACCAAGGGUGACAUCAAGGACGAGUCACAGGCAUAUCUCGACUUCCUCAGCGAGGAAGCCAAGAAGUUUGGCGCCCUAGCCGACGACGACGACGAUAGUAUCCUCGACGAGGACAGUCUGCUCGAAAGCCCGCUGGACAAGUUUGACCCCUACGCCGCCUUUAGUGACUCCCUCAACAAACUCCAGGCUGAACAGCCUCAGCUGUACCAGAAUUUGACUUCCCUGCUUGACCCUGCAGAUCGCGAUGUCCUGCAGGAUGUCCUGCAAGCCGUGGCUCACCACCAAGCUGCGCAAGUUCAAGCUGCUCAGGGGCUCGCACAGGCAUAGGAACACGCCGCGCGAAACCCUCGGCCUGGUCGCUGGUAUUACUAGACAGCAGUGUGUCUAUGUCUCUGUGGUUAGAACUCAGGCACCCCCCUGCACGACAGCAGCCCGUUCUUAACGGCAUGAACAUUGAACCUCGAAUGCGCACCAAGAACAAGAGGCCUAGACUGUGUGGUGUCUACAUUCGGGAGAGUCCUGGAGAAUGUCCUGCUUACUACACUGAAGGCUGAAGCCCAAGCUGAGACACCGAUCUCUGAUGAUGGUUUCCAGCCCAAAGGAAGAGGAAGAGGAAGAGAUUAGUCAGCUGGUCCAGCAAGCGCACGUUUUCCGUUUAUCCAACGUCUGCCCCUUUCAGAAUAUAUCGCGGCUGACCGAUAAGGACAUGACUCAGAACCUGUUUUCUCGGCCAUGAUUCAACCUCCUGAGCGCUUGCGCUUGAGUCCGUUCCAUUCCCUAUCAACCAUUCGAGACCAAGCCCUAUCCUUGCCCUACCCUUCCUACCCUACCCUACCCACUCUAACCCCAUCUGAACACGUGCAGCUCCGUUUUCUCCGUCAGGUGGGAGCAGAGAAGAAACUAGUGAUGGACAAGAGGAGGAGAGGAGAAGAAGAAUAAGAAACGAGGAGGCCUUCCACAUUACACACACCGGAUCGAGCCGAGCUCGGCAGGCCAUGGAUGGGCUUUCCAGAGUUAGCUAAGCUAUGGAUCUGCCAGGCACACCUUUUCGAGCGUGAGCCCGCUUACACAUCACGGCCCCCUGCCCCCCUGCAGAAGAUAUUAGUCUGGUAUAACACUGGAGCUCGCAUCUGGUACAAGUCGUGAUGUGCAGUGGUCCGCAGGUGUGUGCCCGGGCGAGCGGGUGCUGGCCAAGAAUGAAAGAGAGGAUCGGAUAUAGUGGAGACAGAACAAGGACGCCAGCUCGUGUCGUGCAAUGACUUCACUUGCGUCCUAAGCUCUGGUGGUCGUGAUCACGAGCGUCUAGGUAGCUGAGCUGCCCGUAGAGUGUUUUCCUAUUACUAUCAAGACAGCCUUUACCAAUUCUUCACUUUCCCCGA